CUCAAAUCGGUGCACUUCAAAGGGGCGUUACAAUGUUUAUGUUUUUUGUACAUGAAUCUGACAAUUGUCAGGUCUGUUUAGUUUAAAAGAGGGCUAAGGUUUCAGAAGUAAGCACUAACUUCAUGAAUCUAUUGAGGGCAUCUAUCAAUUUCCGGUUUGCGUGUCUAGAAAAGCCAGCCACUACCGACUUGGUCGCAUUUGUUCGGUAACCACUUAGUCCUAAACUUGGCACAAAAUUGUUGGAAAAAUGAAUUCUCUUCGCGAGAUCGUUGUAUGGCUUGUGGUUCUCCUUUACAUCUUUGUAGAAUGUUCAGGAUUCGACGGAUCUUGUUGCGAGCAUGGCUGUAUAAACACUUUGGCAGGAAUUCGUUGCAUCUGCAGAAGAGGUUUCAGGCUUGUUAACCGCUGUCAAUGCAGAGAUUUUAAUGAGUGCUCUGUGCGGAACGGAAUGUGUCAACAACGCUGUAUCAAUGCCUUUGGAUCAUACAGGUGCGAAUGUGCCAGUGGUUACGUAAGCGUGCCUGGGAAACCCCGACAAUGUGUAGACUUGGAUGAGUGUAAGAUGGGCAUAUCUGGUUGUAGUCAAGGCUGUCAAAAUACUCUUGGCUCUUUUCAAUGUUUUUGCCGCCAAGCAGGCUAUGAGUUAGAUUCAGAUCAACGAUCAUGCAAAGUUUCACAAAUUUUCACUGAGCGUCCAUUAAAAAGUCCCAAGUUCAUCAAAGACACCAGCAAUGCGCAAAGAAAAGACUUACAAGGAGUCCAAGCCUGUCCUCCAGGGUACAUUGGUCCUGGCUGUCGUAUGACAUGCGACGACUGUCAAAACGGUGCGCGGUGUGACAUCAGAAUUGGACAAUGUCUUUGCUCUCCGGGCUGGACCGGAAUUUUAUGCGACGAUUCAUGUCCGGAAGGAAGAUUUGGAAAAGACUGUAAAUUUAAAUGCUUGUGUAAAAAUGAUGCGCAGUGCAAUCACGUGACUGGUGCGUGUUCUUGUCGACCGGGAUUCCUGGGAGACCUGUGUGAUCAAACUUGUCCCACCGGUUUCUACGGAGAAGAAUGUAAGCAGAAGUGCGCGUGCGUUCACAUGGAACCUUGCCAUCCGGUAACUGGCACGUGCCAGUGUGACCCAGGAUUCUUCGGAACCCGCUGCUCAAAAGUGUGCCCUCCAGGGUCUUUUGGAGCAGGAUGCAGGGAAAAAUGCAGGUGCCUGGCUGAUCAAACAGAAAGGUGCCAACCUGAGGAUGGCACAUGCCACUGUAAGCCUGGUUACCAAGGCAAACACUGCUCAGACAAAUGUCCUGAUGGAACUUACGGCAAAUACUGCGUAAGAAGAUGCAACUGUCCUGAAUCUUGGAAAUGUGAUCACGUGCACGGUACGUGUGAUGUCACUUGUCCAGCGGGUUUGACUGGACCAAAUUGUCAAAAAGUAUGCGCCCAAGGUACUUUUGGUCACGGAUGUAGCCAGCGGUGUCAGUGUAGUAAUGGUGUGACAUGUGAUUCCGUAACUGGUUCCUGUAUUUGUCCCAUGGGAAAAAUGGGAGCCAGGUGUGACAAAGUAUGCCCUGAGGGCCGGUACGGUUUUAACUGCGACCAAGUUUGCGACUGCGCAGAGGGGAUCAAGUGUGAUGCCAUGUCAGGGGCAUGCGUGUGUGCUGAAGGAAGAACCGGCAGACGUUGCGACCGGUUCUGCCCAACGGGAACGUACGGGCGAAAGUGUCUAAAUAAAUGUCGAUGCGUUGGUGGAGCCCGCUGUGAUCCAGUCAGCGGUGAAUGUAUCUGCCCCGCAGGAAGGACUGGAACUAGGUGCGAGAAGGUCUGUGAGCAAGGAACAUUUGGCAAAAAGUGUAGGGGUCGCUGCAGCUGUGACCCUGGUGCUCGUUGCCAUCCGGUCAGCGGCAGGUGUAUUUGUCCGAAAGGGAAAACUGGGAACAAAUGUGACGAAGUUUGUCCAAAAGGUUCAUAUGGUCGUAGAUGUGCUCAGCGGUGUAGCUGUUUUGAAGAUGCGCAAUGUGAUCCAGUGGAAGGGACCUGCAAAUGUCCUUCGGGAAGGACUGGGAAAAACUGCAAAGAGGAGUGCCCUCAUGACACUUAUGGAGUAGAUUGUGGUCAGCAGUGUGAUUGCGUCAACAGCUCAUGCGCUCCUGAUACCGGAGAAUGCCAGUGUCCGGCUGGAAGAAUGGGAUCGAGAUGUGAUAAAGUUUGUCCCCAUGGUUACUUUGGACAGAACUGCAGUCAGUUGUGUGGCUGUCAUGGAAACUUGUCAUGCGAUCCUGAGACUGGCAAGUGUCACUGUAGAUGCGAACACAACGCGACCUGUGAUCAGGUGACGGCAUUUUGUGUCUGCGCACCUGGUUGGAUCGGCGAGACAUGUGAGAAAAGAUGCCCAGAAGGAUUUCAUGGAGUAAACUGCAGUCAGCCGUGUUCUUGUCCUGGAUUAGCUUCAUGUGAUCAUGUGACCGGAAGUUGUAAUUGUCCCGCUGGCCGGUUCGGAAAGGAAUGCAAAAAAGGUUGUCAAAAGGGCUUUUUCGGUGAUAACUGCAGCAGGAAAUGUAAUUGCACCAGACAUGAAAGGUGUGACGCUGCGACAGGCGAAUGUAAACGAGUUUGUCCUUCAGGCAGACAUGGUGCUGACUGCUCGCUCAGAUGCAGCUGUUCUUCUUCAGUGAUGUGUGAUCCAUACACAGCAGAAUGUUUAUGUAAACCUGGAAGUCACGGAAAAUCAUGCCAGAAGUCCUGUCGCAGGGGCACCUAUGGCCACAACUGCAAGUUCAACUGCACUUGUUCAGAGAAUUCCGAGUGUGACCCUGAGACGGGGAAGUGCCGAUGUCACGCCGGCUGGAUAGGAAGUCAGUGUGAACACGUUUGUCCAUCGGGAACGUUUGGCCCCAGUUGCCAGCAGAAAUGUGCCUGCUACAAUGGAAUCUGUGAUCACGUGAAUGGAAAAUGUCACUGUCAUCCAGGAUACCAGGGAGUAAAUUGCGAGAGAGUGUGCCGCCGUGGUUGGUUUGGACAAGAUUGUCAGUUUGAAUGCACGUGUAAGAAUGAUGCCAUCUGUGACAACGUAAACGGUAAAUGUCACUGUGGAUUGGGAUGGACUGGGACUAACUGCGAAAAAGAAUGCUCUUCUAGGAAUUAUGGUCUGAACUGUGAACAGAGGUGUAAGUGCAGAAACGCAGGAAGAUGCGAUAAGAUCACCGGCUGUUGUUUUUGCACUCCAGGGUGGUAUGGGGACAGAUGUCAAUAUCGUUGCCCACCUGACCGAUAUGGCACAUACUGCACUAGACACUGCAAAUGUAUGAAUGGUGGAUCAUGUGACCCGAGAACAGGAGAGUGCUUCUGCACACCGGGGUGGUCUGGAAGAGAUUGCACCAAACGAUGCCCUGUGGGGCGAUAUGGCUUUGAAUGUUUGCUCCUCUGCACAUGCGCGAACUCAUCUUUUUGUGAUGCUGCUACUGGACAGUGCGAGUGUCCGAGCGGGCGGACUGGUACUAAUUGUAAUCAAGUUUGUAGAGGAAAGUAUGGACCUGGAUGUAUAUUGGGCUGCUCUUGUGGCCAGGGAGGCCUGUGUGAUUCACUGACCGGGAAAUGUAAGUGCCGACCUGGAUGGACUGGACCGGAAUGCAGACAAGAAACUCCGAUAGAGAAAGCACCUUUUAGCGACGACCACUUGUUUACAAUCAACCUGCUUUAAAUCACACGAACAAAGAGAAAAACUGUGUACUUUCACACAAACAAGCGACUGAAGAGACCAUUUCUUCCAAUCGACGAAUUUACUAAAACGCAGCAAAGCUUACGAUAUUUACUUUCGCGCUGCACUUCUUUGCUUUCCGAGACACUGCUGUAUAGUAUCGAGAAUAUCGGAGAAACUUUCCAAAGUGGCGAAACGAAGAGAGAUUCUACAAUCAUCAUGGGUUUCUGCUGGCCCUCGACCACUGGAAGCUCUUCGGUACUUCGAAAAAUUGUUCCAGAGUUGUUGUCUGUUGACACACAUACACCAGUUAUUUAUUUUUUCUUAUGAUUGACGCUGUUGUUAUUGCCGUAGUUUAUGACACAAGUGUGAGGGUCCCAUGUCUUCACUGCAGAUUUCCACUAGUCCCAGCUUACGCCGUCGAUCGGGGUAAAUGAAACAAAACACGGGGACUAUUUUCGCGCAGCGUUUGCUAACUGAAGACCAAACCAUGAGAGAAAAGUCUGCCAACAGGCUUACGUUACAAGCGCUUCAGCACGUGCGUUUCUUUGCCUGCGCGAAGUAUGAGGCCUUGAACAACGCGAGCCGGCGAGAGGUCUGUAAAGGAAUCUAGAACUAGCGCCAGACCCCCGGCAAACCACUCCCAGACUUGUCUCCAACCUUCUAGCGGGCAGAGAAGCGCGCCUCCAGCAACGCUGGUAAUGAGGGCCCGGUGCCAGGUUACAAAAAAAGAAUCUUCAUGUAUUCAGUACAAAAUAAUUUUUAGAACCUCUUUAUUUCAAGAAUCUUCACGUCUGUUCAUGAUCAUCUUUUAAAGAUUUUGUCAAUGACCGGAUAUACAUUAGAUGUUUGUGAAGGUGUUUUUAAACAUAAUUUCCAUUUACUCUAUUUACAAUCAGUCCAGCAUUUUACCCUCUUCUUGUGUACGUUAUAUUUUGUAAAUUUCUCGUGAUGAUUUCAUGAAACAAUCCUCGGGUAAAAUCAAUUCAAAUGAUUCAAAUAAAUUCAUAUGAAAGUCA